AUGUCGUCGGGUCAAUCGACAUCAGAAACCUCGACGGCGAUUGGUGGGCCGCCACCACCGGCUCCUGGACGGGUAUCAUUUCGUGAUCUGUGUUGCCUCUUUUGUUGCCCACCUCUUCCAUCGAGUAUCGUCAGCAAACUAGCUUUUAUGCCGCCCGAGCCGUGCUAUUCGAUUACCGAUGAUUCAAGGUUAAAUUUGAUCGAUGGACGAGCCGAGUGGCCACAUGAGAUUGAAGAGCUUCGUUUGAUUGAGAUGUUUACGACCCGGACAAGACGGAGAAACAAAAUCGCUUGCCUCUACGUGCGGCCAUGCGGUGAUGCAGCACGGUACACGCUCCUCUUCUCGCACGGAAAUGCUGUCGAUCUCGGACAAAUGAGUAGCUUCUACUAUGGACUUGGAUACCGCUUGGGGUGCAAUGUGUUUAGCUACGAUUAUUCAGGUUAUGGUUGCUCGACUGGUAAAGCUAGCGAGAAGAACCUCUACGCCGAUAUUCAAGCAGCUUUUGAGGCUCUUCAAACAAGAUAUGACAUUCCUGCUGAGCGGGUGAUUCUCUACGGGCAAAGCAUCGGAACGGUGCCUUCAGUGGAUUUGGCUUCAAAACAUCCCGAUGUGGCUGCUUUGAUAUUACAUUCUCCUUUGAUGUCCGGAAUGCGAGUUGCCUUUCCGGGAACACAGCGAACUUGGUGCUGCGAUGCUUUUCCUUCAAUAGAAAAAGUACCCCGGGUCACUUGUCCUACUCUUGUUAUACAUGGAACUGAUGACGAGGUUAUCGACUUUUCACAUGGAGUCUCGAUUUAUGAGCGAUGUCCGGCUUCAGUGGAGCCAUUAUGGGUUGCCGGCGCUGGGCACAACGAUGUGGAGCUGCACGCGGCUUACUUGGAACGACUACGACUCUUCAUCGAAAGUGAGGCCGGCAAGAAACCAGCCACCACUCAAGCUUAUCAACCAAAUGGAGCCAUCAAAAGUACGCGUAACAACGACUCGGCUCGAACUGCA